AGGAGACUAUCGCGAAUACCCACAAGGAUUCUAACUACAUGAACCAAAGAAGAGAAAGCGGGCAUCAAGGACUUUGAGCACGCCCCACGCAGAAAUUUACAGCACUACUUCCCGCUCGGGGUUACCAUGACCGAGCACGACGUGGUGCAACAUUUGGAUAUAAAAUGCAGCGAGAAGAUGCCUUCAAGUCAUUAUCAAGCGACCGGUCUGGUAGUGGAUUAACAAAAUGGCAUUCCUCUCCCUCUUCCUUGUUGGCGCUUCGCUGGUUAGCGCUCAACAGUGGAAUCAUUCGCUUUACACCUCAAGUCCACCGGUCUACCCGUCUCCAAACGCAACGGGUGCAGGUGAUUGGGAUGCUGCCUUUGCUCAGGCAAAGUCUUUUGUUAGUAUGCUAACGCUUGAAGAGAAGGCUGGUAUGGUAACGGGAACUACUGGGCCUUGCGUUGGUAACAUUGCACCAAUUGAUCGCUUGGGUUUCAAUGGUCUCUGUUUGAACGAUGGACCUGCUGGACUACGAGAGAUCACGUAUGGCAGUGUUUUCCCCGCCGGAUUAACAGCAGCCGCAUCAUGGGAUAGAAAUCUCAUUCGCAGUAGAGGUCAAGAUAUGGGCGAGGAGUUUAGAGGCAAGGGCUCGCACAUUGCUCUUGGUCCUGUUUGUGGACCUUUAGGGCGUUCUCCAUUCUCUGGUCGAAACUGGGAAGGAUUCAGUCCCGAUCCUUACUUGACAGGUGUUGCAGUUGAAGAAACUAUAUUAGGAAUCCAGUCCGCUGGUGUUCAAGCUACUGUUAAACAUUUUAUCGGCAAUGAGCAGGAAACCCAACGGAAUCCGAGCAUAGUGGAUGGGGUCAUGAUCGAUGCCGUCUCAUCCAAUAUUGAUGAUAAGACCAUGCAUGAAUUAUAUCUCUGGCCCUUUGCCAAUGCGGUUCAUUCAGGUGUCUCGAGCGUAAUGUGUUCAUACAAUCGACUUAACGAGUCGUACAGCUGCCAGAACUCUAAAGUUUUGAACGGCUUGCUCAAGGACGAGCUCGAUUUUCAGGGUUACGUCAUGUCUGACUGGUCAGCGACACACACCGGCUUGGCAGCUAUAGAAGCAGGACUGGACAUGAACAUCCCAGGCGGCAUUUCCUUUCUUUCUCCAGAGCCUAGCUUUUUUGGUGGUAACAUCACGAUUGCAGUGAAGAACGGAUCCUUACCUGAAUCACGUCUCGAUGACAUGAUCUUACGCGUUAUGACGCCGUAUUACUAUCUCAAGCAGGACCAGGGAUUUCCACUUAUCGAUCCCUCCAUUGUGCCGCUAAAUUUCUUCGCUGAAUCGACGUGGGUUGCAAAUUUUAAUCUGAACGGUACUUCGAAUCGGGAUGUUCGAGGCAACCAUGGGCAACUCAUUCGAGAACUUGGUGCGGCUGGAACUGUCCUGCUCAAGAACACAAACAACACAUUACCUCUGAAAGCACCAAAGAACAUCGGCGUCUUUGGAAAUGAUGCAGGAGAUCUGACUCAAGGUCUGUACUCGCUGACGCUCAGCAGCCUCGGUAACGAUCCUUACGGGUAUGAAUUCGGAACACUUGACAUCGGAGGUGGUUCUGGAACUGGUCGUCACUCGUUCAUUGUCUCUCCCUUGGAGGCUAUCAAGGCGAGAGCCGCUCAAGACGGUGCGAUUGUACAGUAUAUUCUGGACAACUCGUACUUGCAGUCGGUUACUAGCCUAGAGUAUAUUACGCCCAUACCGGACGUCUGCAUUGUGUUUACCAAGACCUGGGCCUCUGAAGGCGAAGACCGGAUAGACUUAUCGCUAAAUUGGAACGCUUCGACAGUUGUCGCGAAUGUUGCAGCAGUAUGUCCCAACACGGUCGUUGUUACACAUUCCUCAGGUCCGAAUGAUCUGCCAUUUGCGUCCAAUCCUAAUGUUACGGCCAUUCUGGCGGCACAUUAUCCUGGCGAAGAAACCGGAAACAGCAUUGUAGACAUUCUCUGGGGAGACGUUAAUCCUAGCGGCAAGCUUCCAUAUACGAUUGCUUUGAACUCUUCUGACUACAACACGGACAUCACGAACUCUACGGAGUUGGUAACUUCGACGGACCCGAAUGCAUGGCAAUCCGAUUUCACAGAGGGCGUCUUCAUUGACUAUCGCUAUUUCGACAAGGCCAACAAGUCGGUGCUAUAUGAGUUUGGCUUUGGUCUCUCAUACACUUCUUUCGGACUCUCGAGCUUGCAGGUUCAAUCAAGCAGCGGCUCCUUGCCUUCACGUCCAAACGUAUCAGCGGGUAAACAGCCUGGCGGUAACCCUGAAUUAUGGCAAAUCAUUGCCAAUGUAACGGUUACAGUAACAAACACCGGUCAGGUUGCUGGUGCCGCAGUCCCACAGCUGUACGUUAGUUUGCCGGGAGAAGAUGAACCAGUCAAGGUUCUGAGGGGCUUCGACAAGAUUAUGUUGCAACCAGGUGAAAGCCAACCGGUGAAUUUUCCACUGAUGAGGAGGGACUUGUCAUCUUGGGAUGUGGAUGUUCAAGAUUGGGUUCUGGCAAGUGGUAAUGUUGGGUUGUUGGUAGGCUUUUCGAGCCGCGAUAUCGUGUUGACUGGAUCUCUCACUUUGUGACGGUUAAAUGCAAAUCCAUCACAUUGAUGCUAUCUAGAGCAUGCUUGGGGGAAAUCUACUAUGUAAUAAUGAUUCUACUUAUUUGAGACAAAC